AUGUCCAUGUUCGCCCGUGGACACGACGAGCUGAUGCACAGCGCCGCGAUGGGCGGCGGCGCGCUGUUCGGCUGCUCCUCCGCCGGCCACAGCGGCAUCAACCAGCUCGGCGGCGUGUACGUGAACGGGCGGCCGCUGCCGGACUCCACGCGGCAGAAGAUCGUCGAGCUGGCCCACUCCGGCGCGAGGCCGUGCGACAUCAGCCGGAUACUGCAGGUCUCCAACGGCUGCGUCUCCAAGAUACUCGGCAGAUAUUACGAGACGGGGUCCAUAAAGCCGCGCGCCAUCGGCGGCUCCAAGCCGAGGGUGGCCACCACGCCAGUGGUGCAGAAGAUCGCCGACUACAAGCGCGAGUGCCCCUCGAUCUUCGCGUGGGAGAUCAGGGACCGCCUCCUCAGCGAGAACGUGUGCAAUAACGACAACAUACCCAGCGUGUCAUCGAUCAACCGGGUAUUGCGGAACCUGGCAUCGCAGAAGGAGCAGGCGGCCUCCGCGCAGAACGACAGCGUGUACGAGAAGCUGAGGAUGUUCAACGGCCAAGCAGCCACCGGUUGGUGGUACCCUGGGCUGCCGACCGCGCCCGCAGCUCCCGCCAUACCGGCGCCCCUGCCGCCCCAGCUCAACAGGGCUGCUGAGGACCACAAAAGAGCAGACCCCCUGCAGUCGGAGGCGGGGUCGGACGGGAACAGCGAGCACGCUUCCUCGGGCGACGAGGACUCGCAGAUGAGGCUGCGGCUGAAGAGGAAACUGCAGCGGAACCGGACCUCCUUUACGAACGACCAGAUCGACAGCCUGGAGAAAGAGUUCGAGCGAACGCACUACCCGGACGUGUUUGCGCGGGAGCGAUUGGCCGAAAAGAUCGGAUUGCCUGAGGCACGUAUCCAGGUGUGGUUCUCGAAUCGGCGCGCGAAGUGGCGGCGCGAGGAGAAACUCCGCAGCCAGCGGCGCGAGGCACCGGCAGCCUCUCCCCCCGCGCCGCCCGCUCCCCGGCUGCCUCUCAACGGGGGCUUCAACUCAAUGUACAGCCCCAUACCGCAACCUAUAGCCACCAUGAGCGACACGUACAGCUCUAUGUCGGGCGGGCUCUCCUCGUCGUGCCUUCAGCAGCGUGACGCCGGCUACCCGUACAUGUUCGGCGACGUGCUCGGCGGCGGCUACUCACGAGCGCCCGCCGCCCACCAGCAACACGCCGGAUACACGCAGCCGCAGGCAGCAGCCAGCACCGGUGAG